AGAAGUUAUUCAUCUUAUUUUAUAGUCAGUUUACACUUCAAAUAAAUGGCGAAUAAUAAUUUAAAGAUACAACAGCUUCCAUUCGAAGUACUUCAACAAAUUUUUAUAUUUUCAUGCAAUCCAGCAUUUGCUUCUGUAUCACGUUUGUUUCAUUAUAUUGCAAAUUCUCAAACAAGUGUGAAAACUCAAUGGCUUUUAAAUAAGUUUAAUCAUGAUUGUCCUAAAGCAUUAUAUCGUGGAUUAAAAUGGAGGUUCUUUAAUAAAAACAUUUUAUAUCAAUUAGAUUCGAUCUAUUAUCAAUCUAAAUGCAAAAGAGGCGAAACUUUAGAUAAAGUAAUUCCAUAUAAAGGUCGCCCAAUUCCCCAAUGGUUUUUUAGCGUUCCCGAUCCGAAUAAUGUAUAUUAUGAAUUAGUAAAGAUUCUUCUCGAUCGUGGUGCUUCCCCUAAUGAACCUGAUGGAUAUCCAAUCAUCAAAUCUGCUCAGCUCGGACGACUCAAAAUGGCAGAACUUCUAAUAUCUUUUGGCGCUAAAGCUGAUAUCAAAGAUAAUAUGGCUUUGACAGUGGCUUCAAAAUCAAAUGAUUUCGAUAUGGUUAAAUUAUUGUUAAAUAAUGAAGAUGUAAAAGCUGAUUCAAUUGCGUUGAAGGUUGCCGUGGAAAAGAAAAAUUGGAAGAUGGCUGAAUUUUUAAUGUCAAAAGGAGCUAGUCCUACUCCCGAAGUUGUGGAGGCCUUUGAGAAAAACAAAUGAUAGGUUUAAAAUUAAUGAAUUGUAUUUUUCCUAUAAUUUAAAAAAAAAA